GCCUGUGAGGGAGGUGCCGAGGAGCCGAGGUGGCCGCGCCGCGAGAACAUGUCUGGCCGUAAUCGAUGUGUCAAAUUACAAUUACAGGUGUGACGCGGCGUCUGGCGCGGAGAUAUGGAGCUCCUACAAACGGACAAGUUCUAUAUCUUCAAUAAGGGGGAAAAUUCUCUCUGGUGCAACCGGAAAACUGGCCAAUUCGAAGCUAAAACAUGUUGGGACUUGGCAUCAGCUGAAAACCCCACCUGCCUUGGGAUCGUGCAGCUCCUCCUUGGCAAACUCCAGAUCCACCCAGACUUGUCGUCCCGCCUGGUGUUGGUGAGUGGGGCAAGGAAGGUAGGGAGGCUGAGUGAAGGUCAGAAUGUUUACUGCAUUACCCGGGUGGUGUUCCUGCCACUCUCCUCACCUCCAGACACUGAGCUCAACCUGCAGCAGUGCAAGAAACAUGCCAACCAUCCAGGAGGGCCUGCAGGAGAGCGGAAGCUGGGCUUACCCUUUUCUGACCUGCAGCAGAAGGUUGCUCUCUCCAAGACCUUUGGAACCAUUCGCAGUGUCACUUCCUCAAUCAAGUCUGCAACUGUCAGUGCAGCAGCUUCAGCAGCAGGCCAGGGCAGCAAGAUUCGACGAGAGACUCGGGACAAGGAACGGUACGAGCGGCGUGUGCUAGACGAGCUCAGCAAAAUGUUCAAUGACUCAGACUCUUUUUAUUACUCCACUGACACUGACCUCACCAGCUCUCUCCAGCGGCAGAGUGACCCUGAAUAUGAUGCAGCUCUGCCACUGUGGCGCCGGGCAGAGGAUGACUAUUUCUGGAACAAACACCUGUUGGGAGACCUAAUAGAGCAAAAUAAUCCGAAUCUUGAUGUGUGGAUUGUGCCAGUGAUACAGGGCUUUGUGCAGACAGAAUCAGUGCCUCUUGAAACAGCCCCAACAACCCCUGAUGGCUCACAGAAGAGUCAGCAAGACGAGUACAGCCUGACCUUGAUAUCCCGGAGGAGUCGGCACAGGGCAGGGACGAGGUAUAAGCGGCGAGGGGUGGACGAGGAGGGUCGGGUAGCUAACUAUGUGGAAACGGAGCAGAUUGUCUCCUACUCCCACCACAGGGUAGCCUUUGUACAGGUCCGAGGGUCAGUGCCCGUGUUCUGGAGUCAGCCAGGGUACAAGUACCGCCCACCUCCUAGGCUGGACAAAGAUCCUACAGAGACUGCGACUGCAUUUGGCAAGCACUUUGACGUGGAGGUGAAGCGCCAUGGCCACGUCUCAUGUGUAAGCUUAGUAGAGCAGAGUGGCAAGGAGAAGGUGAUAGCAGAUGCAUUCCUCAACAACAUCCUCACACUUGACUCCCCUUCACUCACCUUCGUCACUUUUGACUUCCACGAGUACUGCCGGGGGAUGAGAUAUGAAAAUGUGUCAGUGCUGCUUGAGGGCAUUGAAGAGCUGAUCACCAAGAUGCUCUAUUGCUGGGUGGACAAGGAGGGCACCAUCUGCAGGCAGAACGGUGUCUUCAGGAUCAACUGCAUAGAUUGUCUUGAUCGAACCAACGUAGUCCAGACAGCCAUUGCGAAAUCUGUGUUAGAGAGCCAAUUUGUGAAGCUGGGCAUGAUCCCCCCUGAGCACCCAUUGCCACCAGCCUGCCGCUCCAUCCUCCAGGUGAUGUGGGCCAACAACGGUGACACCAUCAGCAAGCAGUACGCUGGCACAUCCGCCCUCAAGGGAGACUUCACCCGGACAGGGGAGAGAAGGUUUGCUGGGAUGAUGAAGGAUGGCAUGAACUCUGCCAACAGAUACUAUAGGAAUCACUUUCUUGACACUUACCGGCAAGUAGCCAUUGAUGUGAUGCUGGGGUUGGAGCUCUCAAACAGUCAGUGGCAGGAAAUAGACUAUGUCGAGACUUUGCUCAGUGUAGCAGGUGCCUUAAUGCCUAUUGGUCCGCCAAGUUACAUGGCCGAGAUCGCCCCGGCCAGUGAAAAAUACCUAGCAAGUGCCCUCUAUUCCCUCUCCAGGUAUUACAUGAACCGCUUCAAGGAUGCCUACAGACAAGCAACCAUUGACCACCUGCUGGGUAACCCAGUGACUGAGGACAUCAUGAACCUGGAGGCCUCAGGAGAGGAAGAAGAGUCCUCCAUGACACCCGAACAUGUGAAGCAUGUGAUUGAUGACUGCAAGAAGCUACUGGUGCCUGAUGCUGAGACCAUCUUGGGGGCAUGGGGACUCAUUGACGCCGACCCAUCGACUGGGGACCCGGACCAGAUUGACAUGGACAUCAUCCUGGUGCUAACACGAGACUCCUAUUAUGUUGCCCAAUAUGACGAGGAGGCUGACCAGAUUUUACACUAUGAACGAGUCUCUCUCAUUGACCUGGAGAAGAUUGAAAUGGGGCCACACACAUGCCAGGCAAUGUUUAAGCAGUCUCGGCCUCAUCAGUGCAUCCGCUUCAACUACCUGGUGGAUGGCCAGGGUGGCUACUUCCACAUGUUACGCUCCAUGAACAUUCGCUUCUUCAACAACAUGGCCAUUCCUAUCAAGUCUGAUGAGGAGACUGUAGAAUCAGUGAAAGCCAUUGGAGAAACAUUUGAAGUAGCUUGUCAGAUGAUGGGAUGUGAUGUCAUGCUGGUGACUGGCAAACUGGAAAAAAAGAGAAGUAGGAGGAGAAAUCAACUGGCAAAUUUCCUCAACCCUCUGGCUUCCCUCACCAAGACUUCUCCUGACACACUUAAAACUGCUGGGAGUCGUGCUUUCACUAACGUCACAUCAGGGCUUGCCAGACUGAACCCCAUGUCUACUCUGCGUCUCAAGCGACCCACCUCUGUCACUGGUCACCAACCCUCAGCCAAGUUCUAUCUGCAGAAGCCACCAGUGUGUGUGCAGGAUGUUGGACAGGAUGAGUUGGCAUCCCUGGGUGGAAGUGAAACCCAUCUAGCCUCAUGUGGGGUUUUGGCCUCUAGCCUCAUGUCUGCAGCAUAUCCUCCCAGGUAUCUCUCACCCCCAUUAGUGCGCUGCCAUAGUGAUUCAGCCCUCCUUCGAUCCCAUCCUGGAGAACAAGUCCCAGCCAACCCUUCCCCAAACCCUGAAAUCCUGGUGAGUGGAACUGUGGAGGCUUCUCACUCACCAUCCAUCACCCCAACCUUUGGGGGCCUCUCCCCGACCCUCCUCAUGCAGAGAGUGCGGAAGAUCUCCCAUUCUUCUGAUGAGGUAGACGUGAGGGAUGAAAGGGAAGGAGGGGUGGCCCGAGCCUCCUCUGCCACUGACCUACAGCUCCAUCUUCCCUCCAGUCAUUCUGAGGGCCACAUUGGAGCAUCCUCAGGUUUAGGAAAUACAGGAGGAGAGCUAACUAGUCUGGUGUCUCCUCUGUCUUCUCUUAACAAGGAGGCAGUGCUGGCGCCCUUCUCAGUACUAGCACGAGGAAUGCAGAGUCUGGCCCCGGGGGCAGGGCGGCUGGCUCGGGGCAUGCAGAGCAUUGGAGUGAACUUGGACCCCAGGCGUUUGCGUGCGCAGCGACAGAGGCAGCUGGAGGAAGAUCCAAUAAUGAAAGAAAAGAAGAUGCAGUGUAAGACAAAGAUAAUUCAAAUUUGAAUUAUUAAAGCAAAAAUGUG